GUUUAUCGCUGAAAAGAUACGAAACACGGUGUAGACCUCGUGACAAGCUUAAUCACGCGUGUUAUCAUUUCCGCUUUUGAAACAGAGACUGCCGCGUCGCAGCAUCCCCUCACGAGGUUGAUUAUGAAUCUGGGUUACUCGAUAUCGUAGACACAUGACUGGCAAGACUCGCAGCCGUGACGUCACAAUCGUUUAUCUCACUCUGUACAAGCUGUGCAAAAUGAUACGGAGGAUCAUCGCGCUGGAAUUCAACGAACGAACACGAUAAACAACAAAUGCGAUGAGUAACUAAUGUACAUACAUAUAUUAUGUAUGUGCAUACAAACAUCGAAACGUCGUCAGACGACGCCAAUGGACUUCAUUGUCGCUGAAUCACGUGGCCUAUGAUGGUGGAAAGUAAUAACAGGGAGAGGGAGGAAUACAAAAGAACGACGCUGCUAGUCGGAAACGAUUGUGAUUGUCGCAGAUUGUCAUUACGUCCGUGGUAGACUCAGCUGGCAGGGAGUAAAGUUUUGCAGGGAAUAAAGAGAGCUCGUAAGUGUAAACACGUGUGACUUAAUUGAGGAAUAAACAUGAAGAGUGUGGUGGUCUUAUUGUUACUGGCAGUUUUUGCCACGGGACAAGCUAUUUCCUUCAACAAGAUUUUAGAUGCAGAAUGGUUCAUUUUUAAGACACAUCAUAAAAAAAUCUACAAAUCUUCGAUUGAGGAGGGAUAUAGAAUGAAAAUCUUCUUAGAUAACAAGCGUAAAAUUGUUGAACACAAUCGCAAAUAUGAGCUGAAUGAAGUUCUCUACAAAUUGGGAAUGAACAAAUAUGGUGAUAUGUUGCAUCAUGAAUUUGUCAAUACUUUGAAUGGUUUCAAUAAGUCGGCAAAGGCUCAAAAGCAAUUUAUGGGAGCAACAUUUAUUUCGCCAGCUAAUAUCGAAUUACCAAAAGAAGUCGAUUGGAGGAAACAUGGUGCUGUUACAGAAGUUAAGGAUCAAGGACAUUGUGGCUCUUGCUGGGCAUUCUCUACUACUGGUUCUUUGGAAGGACAGCAUUUCAGACAGAGCGGCAUUUUAGUAUCACUUAGUGAGCAAAAUUUGGUUGAUUGUUCUGGCAAAUAUGGCAACGAAGGAUGCAAUGGUGGUAUGAUGGAUAAUGCCUUUAAAUACGUCAGAGAUAACAAAGGCCUUGAUACCGAAAAGAGUUACCCAUAUGAAGCAGAGAAUGACAAGUGCAGAUACAAUCCGAGAGAUAGCGGCGCUACUGAUGUCGGUUUUGUAGAUAUUCCAAGAGGAAAUGAACAGAAGUUGAAGGCUGCAGUCGCCACUAUAGGUCCGGUCUCGGUUGCUAUUGAUGCCUCUCAUGAAUCUUUCCAGCUUUAUAGUGAAGGAGUAUAUUUUGAUCCUGAGUGCGAUUCAGAAAAUUUAGAUCAUGGUGUGUUGAUCGUCGGCUAUGGUACAGACUCAAAAACCGGUCAUGAUUAUUGGCUGGUAAAGAAUAGUUGGGGCGAAACAUGGGGUGAAAAGGGUUACAUUAAAAUGGCCAGAAACAAGAACAAUCAUUGUGGUAUAGCAAGCAGUGCCAGCUAUCCUCUCGUUGCCGUUGAUAACUAACCUUUUAGUUAUGAUCUACUAGUUGUGAUUCAGACAUGACAGCUAUGAGAGGCCUAAUAAAGUUUUACGAAUAUUAGAAAGAAAUUUUUAUAUUGUUUCUGAUGUAUAUAUGAUUUCUUUAAAAUCAUAUUUUAAUAUAAUUGAUAAAAUGGAUAUUCUUUUCCCAGCCAGGGAAAGUUUUCUUAUUUUACUGCGCUAUGACAGGAAUUAGAAGACACGGUAGUGUCUCGGCGCUAAGCCAAGCGCAACGACACUUAUCGUGGUUGUAAUUACAAAUUUUAUAGUUUUCCCAACUUUCUUAGGUCUCUAUACAAAUUAGUUCUUUCGAACAAAAGGCGAAAAAUAAAGACAAAUUCGAGAAAAUUGCGAAAAUUGCUAGUUUUCGAAAAUGGUGGUUCCUCGUUUUAAUAUGUCUAUUACAUUUAGUGACAAUUAUGGAUAUGUUAUAUUUUAAUUUUUUAUUUUUUGUUCACACAUUACAAUGAUACUAUUGCCCGGGAUAUUUUUCUAAUGUCUCAAAAGAAUAUA